ACACACACACACACACACACACAAAAUGGUCCUUGUGGUGAGAUUAAUUUGUUUAAACAUGGAAGGUUUAUUAGACUAUAUAGCCUGUAAUAUAAUUUAGUAAAAACAUUUAGGGUAAAAGCAUGUGUGCACAUAUUAGUUGGCAUAAAAAUGAUUAAGGUAGGGAAAAAUGCUUUGAUUUUGACAUCAUGUUUGACAAAUACUGUUAUCCUAUUUGAAGUUGUGGAGUUGACACUGUUGCAGUAUCUAUAUCGGAAAAGUAGUCCCCAGGUUAGUUUUUAUCAUAGACUUGUUUCACCUCUGCGAAGGUGUUGUGGUGAAAGCUGUUCCCUGUGCAGGAAAUAUAAUUUGGGAAAAAAGCAUCAGAUAGUGAAGCCAUGCAAAAUUAUGCAAUGAUGAGAAAACUUCAUUUGCAUGUCAAAAAUACUGUUUCUUUCUUUCCUCUCGCAAUGCAUCACAUCUUGUUCCUCUAUCUCAAUGACUUUCCAUCAUCACUCGCUCGGUGCACAUUCAGCUUGUCUGCCAGCAAGUUUGCAGCAUGGAACAACUCAACUCCACUGUGGUCAUAUCUAACAUCUCUUCCUCUCCUGGAUAUCCAUCUCCUGCCUCCUGGGACUUUAGGAGUCUGGCCCCCGCAGUGGUGCUGUCCCUCUCUUUCCUGCUGGGAGUUCCUGGAAACAUCGCUGUGAUCAUCCUCAGACCAAACUGGCAGCAGAUGUCCAGAUUAAGCCAGAUUUUGAUGCUGAAUUUGGCCAUAUCAGACCUGAUCUCCCUGCUCCCCCUGCCCCUGUGGAUUUACACUUUAUUGUGCAGUUGGACACUGGGACUUGUUCUCUGUAAGCUCCUAGCAUAUUUGGCAUACUGCAGCCUAUAUAGUAGCCAAAUGACAGUGACAGCGCUGAGUGUCCAGCGCUACCUGAAGGUGGUGUACCUGCAGAGGUACUUCCAUCACGUAGGAUUAAAGAAGCUGCUGGCUCUGCUCUGGCUGGCUGCAAUGAUCCUGUCCAUCCAUGCUUUGGUGCAUCAACAGUUGACCCCAGACCAGAACUGGACACGCUGCAGGACUGGCUACUCUUCCCCGGCCCAGCAGGAGGCCGUGCUGCUGACACAGACCCUGAUGGGAUUUCUUUGCUGUUUUGUCAUGGCAUUUUCAUACAUCGGCCUUCACAGAAAAGUGAACCAGGCAGCUUUCUUCAACAACCCACAGACCACCCGGCUGAUCACAAGUAUCAUCGUGUCCUUUAAUGUUUUGUGGAUGCCAAAUAAUAUCACAAGUGCGCUUGGUGUGGCUGCUAUUUCCCUCAAAAACGAGGGCCUGUUGAAGUUUUAUAUGGACAGCAAGAACACUGCUGGAGCACUGGUAUUUGUGAAUAGCUGCCUGAAUCCACUCCUUUAUGCAUUUGCAUUUAGAAGCCAGUGCACUGUGUGCCAGAGAGGAGAACAUUAGUACUGUUGAGUGGUAUUAAUCUUCUCAUCCAACUCUCAAAACAGGAAUAAGUUUAUUGCAUUAUAAUUAGCUUCAGAGUUUUAGUAACCACGCCCUGAUCAGAUGGGUAAAGCCCUGAGUUGGAAUCCAUCAUGGUGCAAUCUGAGUGACUCGAAUCUAAUUAUAAUUAGAAAAGUAAUUUAAAAUGCUGGAUGUGAUUUAUAGGCAUCAU